AUGUCACCUCUACUUCGUCUGUUCCCGGCGUUUCGGCCCAAGCACCUGGGAGGGUGGCCUCGCCGCGGCCUUGCCAUCGUGGCGCAUCCCCACCACCCAAACCCAGGCAACUUCGCCAACCGGCCCAAGGAGGAGCUUUCAGAGAUCGGCCAUCGAGGGGGCAAGAAAGGAGGAAAAGCACGGGGAGUUGGUGGAUUCCAUGAAAUGGACCCAGAAAAGCAGCAUGCUAUCGCAUCCAAAGGUGGCCGUGCCACGAGAAAAGCAGCGAUCGAGCGCGAAGCAGCCGCGAUAGAAGCUGAACACGGGCCUGUGCCCACGGGCCGAUCAGAGGAGCCCUCAGUGGUGCCACCGGGAUUUGUAGAAUGGAAGACCACAGCAUAA